UUUCUUUUUUCCAAGAGACAACUAUGGUAGAGUUUUUCUUCUUGUACUCAACAAAAUUAAAGUUUAAAAUGCCUCUGGUCUUCAAUCCUCCUGUGUUUGAGGAGUGAGCACUUGAAGGCCAAAUGACUGUCCAGUCUUGAGUUGAGGUGAAUGCAGAUGACAUUUAUCAGGGUGAGGUAAUUAGGACCUGGAUAUCUUGAAAGGCUACCAUGAACUGAAGAGUAGUCUUCCGUUACAAGCAUGAAUUUGAGAACAGGGAUUCAGUGGGAUUAAAGAAGUGGCGAGGAGAUGUACAAAUAAGCCAGAAUUGUUUGUUGAAGUUGAGGACAGUAAGAAAACUUCUAAGUGCCUUCAGCCUACUUAACAAGUAAUCAUCUCAUGAAACAAAACACAGCCGACACUUGCUAUCCUCUGGGGAGUCUCUGUGACUAGGGAAAAUCGACCAGUUGUCCCAUAAGCAGCCUAGGUUUGGCAGGAUGGAAGGACUUGUGUAUCCAGAACAGAACCAGAGAGCAUUCUCGUCUUCAAGAAUUUUCUAACACAGUGGAAGAUGUAUUGAAUAGUGUACUUGGCACACCUAAAUAUGUAAACUAGAGCCCUGUCCUCUUUAGAGUCUCAAGUAAUUGUGACAUCCAUAAAUUCCAUGCUUCAUUUUCAUCAAAGGGAUGCUGCUUUCGAAAUUAUCUGGCUGAAAUCACAGCUUGCAGUGAACUUACAAGUGGUGCUGACUUUGGAUUACUUUUAAAACACUAGGAAUGGUAAUUUCUCCUUUUCGGGAUCUCAAAACCAAGAAGCUAAAGAGAAUCCUAUGUAAAUAAAGUGAAAUCUCUUCUGUUGUCCUUUUGCAUUUGGAGACUUCUUUAUUUCACCACACACAAGGAGUCUAUAACUAGUGCAUUCAUUAUGAAUGUGACAAAUUUAUUUUCCUUCACAAGUCCAGCUGUGAAGAGACUCCUUGGGUGGAAACAGGGUGAUGAAGAAGAAAAAUGGGCAGAGAAAGCUGUUGAUGCUUUGGUGAAAAAACUGAAGAAAAAGAAAGGUGCCAUGGAGGAACUGGAAAAGGCCUUGAGCUGCCCGGGGCAGCCAAGUAACUGUGUCACCAUUCCUCGCUCUCUGGAUGGCAGGCUGCAAGUUUCCCACCGGAAGGGACUGCCUCAUGUCAUUUACUGCCGUGUGUGGCGCUGGCCUGAUCUUCAGAGCCACCAUGAACUAAAACCACUGGAAUGCUGUGAGUUUCCUUUUGGUUCCAAGCAGAAGGAGGUGUGCAUCAAUCCCUACCACUAUAAGCGUGUAGAAAGCCCUGUUCUUCCUCCAGUGCUGGUUCCAAGACACAGCGAAUAUAAUCCUCAGCACAGCCUGUUAGCUCAGUUCCGUAACUUAGGACAAAAUGAGCCUCACAUGCCCCUCAACGCCACCUUCCCGGAUUCUUUCCAGCAACCCAACAGCCAUCCGUUCCCUCACUCCCCCAGUAGCAGCUACCCCAACUCUCCUGGAAGCAGCAGUGGUACCUACCCGCACUCUCCCACCAGCUCAGACCCAGGAAGCCCUUUCCAGAUGCCAGCUGAUACGCCCCCGCCUGCUUACCUGCCUCCCGAAGACCCCAUGACCCAGGAUGGCUCUCAGCCAAUGGACACAAAUAUGAUGGCACCCUCCCUGCCCUCAGAAAUCAACAGAGGAGAUGUUCAGGCGGUUGCUUAUGAGGAACCAAAACACUGGUGCUCUAUUGUCUACUAUGAGCUCAAUAAUCGUGUGGGUGAAGCGUUCCACGCCUCCUCCACAAGUGUGUUGGUGGAUGGUUUCACCGAUCCUUCCAACAAUAAGAACCGUUUCUGCCUUGGGCUGCUCUCCAACGUUAACCGGAAUUCCACUAUUGAAAACACCAGGCGGCACAUUGGAAAAGGAGUGCAUCUUUACUAUGUUGGAGGGGAAGUGUAUGCCGAAUGCCUCAGCGACAGCAGCAUCUUUGUGCAAAGUCGGAACUGCAACUACCAUCAUGGAUUUCACCCCACUACUGUUUGCAAGAUCCCUAGUGGGUGUAGUUUGAAAAUUUUUAAUAACCAAGAAUUCGCUCAGUUAUUGGCACAGUCUGUGAACCAUGGCUUCGAGACAGUCUAUGAGCUCACUAAAAUGUGCACCAUCCGCAUGAGCUUUGUAAAGGGUUGGGGAGCAGAAUACCACCGCCAGGAUGUUACUAGCACCCCCUGCUGGAUUGAGAUCCACCUGCAUGGCCCGCUCCAGUGGCUGGAUAAAGUUCUUACUCAGAUGGGUUCACCUCACAAUCCUAUUUCAUCUGUGUCUUAAAUGGCCUCAGGCUUCUGCCUCUUGAAAACUGUUGAGCCUUGCAUGUACUUGAAGGAUGGAUGAGUCAGACACGAUCGAGAACUGACCAAGGAGCCUUGAUAAUACUUGACCUCUGUGACCAACCGUUGGAUUCAGAAAUAAAAAAACCUUGGUAACAUACUGUCGAUAUCAAGAACCUGUUCAGUUUACAUUGUAACAUUUUAUGGUAAAAUCAACUAAAAUGCAUACCUUUAGCAGGACUUCGUGUAUAGUUAAAGGAGAGAUGGCCAAGCCAGGGACAAAUUAUCUAUUGGAGAAACGAUCCUAAGAGAUUCUUUUGUGUUUGGCACUUUAAGGUCAUCGUUUGGCAAAAGUUUAGCAUUAAUAGUCUCUCUGAAGUGUGUUUUUAUCAGGUUUAGAACCCAUGUUGAGUCUUCUUUUCAUGGGUUUUCAUAAUAUUUUAAAACUAUUUGUUUAGUAACGGUUUUUGUUUUUUAAGUAAAGUUUAAUCUUGAUGAUAUACAUAGUAAUCUUUCUAAAAUUGUAUGCUGACCAUACUGCUGUCAGAAUAAUGUUAGGCAUAUGCUCUUUGCUAAAUAUAUAUGUACAGACUAUUUGGAAGUUAAGAAUUGAUUAGACUAGUGGAUUUAGGAGCAUUUGAGGGGGGUGGGGGAGAGGGAAAUGACAACUGCAAAUGUAGAAUAUACUGUAAAGAGUCAGUUUGUUGCUUUCAAGAAACAAACUGAUGUCUGAAUUUUGCUGUGUUUCCAUUUUUUAGAGAUUUUAUCCUACUUCUUUUUUUUUUUUUUUUUCUCGUGUCUUCUAUCCCUUCCUCUCCAAAAGCAGUUAUGCAGCUGGUUUAAUUCAUGUAACUGUGAGAGCAAAUGAGUAAUUCCUGCUACUCUGAAAUCGACUGCCUGUAUGUUUCAAUACCAAUUGUAUGGAGUGCUUGAAUGUAACUAAGCAGUUUUUAUGGAGUUUACAGAAAUAGGCUUUAAUUUUCAAGUGAAUUGUUUGCCAAACCUAGUAACUGUUAAAUAUUUGGAGGAUUUAAAGAACAUCCCUGUUUAAAUCCAUUUCAAACUUUUUAAAUUUUUUUGUACUAUGUUUGGUUUUAUUUUUCUUCUGCUAAUCUUUUAUAUUCACUUAACGCUCUCGUACAUUGAGUACUUUUAUUCCGAAACUAGUGGGUUUUCUCUACUGGAAAUUUUAAAUAAACCUGUCAUUAUUGCUUACUUUGA